GGGUCGGGUCGAGGGCGACAAACGUCUCUGCACGGCUCUCGUUGCUGCACCGAGCCUGCUCGAGCUCCUUCCUUCCCCACCGUCACCGGCGAGGCUGGCGGCACUAGGAAGGUCGGGCCGGCACCGCGCUUGUCCGCGUCUGGCCAUGCAGCGCAGCUCUCCCGCCCGCUGAAGCCGACUGGACUGGUCGACUGGCCGACGGGACUGGCUGAGUGCAUGGCGCUGGCUUGACUGGAUGGAGGAGCUGCCUGGACGGAGCUGGUCUGACGUUGGCUGAGCGUUGCUUCUUGCGCUUCCUCCCGCCGCCGCCCUGAUAGUCCAACGCCCGUACAUAGCCAGUCUCCGCGCCAUGUCCUUGAGCCACCUCCGCCGGCCUCGACACCUUCCCUCAGAGACUCGGCAGCGACGCCCCUGACGGGCUCGCUAGCUAUGACGACCUCCCCCAUCCACCCGCUGGCCGACAUGCAGGCUGCUUUUGAGGAAUCGAUGCAGGACGCAACGGGCCAGACGGGCUUCGUGCCCCUGGCCGUGCCCAACAAGAGCAUCAAGGCCCGCCAGCAGCUGCUGUGCCGCGACGACGAUGCAAAGGAGCUGGCCUGGAACCCGACGUACGCCUGCCACUGGCGACACCACCCCCGCGGCCGCUUCCACCCGCUGCUCAAGACGACGGCGCAGAUCGUCUUCGGCGUGCACCUGCUGCACCAGCACCUCGAAAAGUCCAUUGCCGACGUCGCCGACAUCCUGCUCAAGCACGUCAACGAGCUCGACUGCUUCCUGCAGCGCGCCAACGACGACAUGGACGCCAGCCUCAAGGACAUGCUGUUCCGCCGCAAGUGCCUGCAGGUGCCCAUGGAGCACGUCAACGAGUUCGACCGCCUGCUCGAGGACCCCAACUACCGCGCCCAGCUGCUCGACGGCAACGUCACCAUCGAGCGCACCAUGACGCGCAUGUCGACGCUGAUCGACGACUACCUGGUCGACAUGAGCACCUUCCGCGACGCCGUCCAGACCCUGGACGCCUACCUGCUCGACAUUGGCCAGGAGUGGACCCACGUCAACGACGACGUGGCGCGCAUCUACUCGGCCAUGCGCGGCAAUACGCGGGGCUGGUCGCAGUUCCUGCAGAGCCUGGCCGCCAAGAUCGAGAAGCUGGGCGUCGUGCUCGUGCAGGUGAGCAGCUACUGCAACGAGAUUGAGAAGCGUUGCGGCGCUGCGAGUCGACGAGAUUUGAUGGCGACGCGCACCUCGUCGCGCAACUCGUCCAAUUCUCGCGACAACGGACGUUCGAUGCGCAACUUUGCCAACAACAAACCUCUCCCCACCGUCCCAAGCGAGCGUCCUCCCUUCAUGACACCCUCAGCCAACAGCAGUGCAAUCCUCUCUGACGCACCUUCUGGCCUCCGCCAUUCCACCAUACGGGCUAUUCCGCAGACACAGGCAGAGUACGCCAGAAGAUGUGACGUUGCCGGAACCCCAAAGAGGAGCCAGGACUCUGCCUCAUCCUCUGCUGCUUGUAGUAUCGUGAACAUUGGCGUGCAGCGUCGUAACGAUGCUGCGAAGCCCGAGCACAUCGUCCAAGAGCGCGGCCGAGCUGCACCGCAGACAGCACGUCGCACGAGCCAGCUCUCCGGCCACCAACGAGUCAUCGUCACCCAGGAAUCAACGCCUGCGCAGACACACCCGUCAGGGGCCCAACAACAACGCGACCGUAGUCCUGUCAUGGCCUGCAAAGACUCGGCCUACUCCUCCGUGUCCGGCGUCUCUGUAGCUUCACCUUUGCAGCAUCCAGCUUUUUCCCCGCCUUCACAAACACAGCCACAGUUUGGUCUGUUCCCGAGUAGUAGUAUCAGCAGCAACCACAGACCUAACAGCUCCUUGUCCGUACGUCCCGGUUCUAACAGCAGCACCACAGCACUCCCAACAUACACGCCCGAGCGCUCGACGACAUCUCUUAGUAGUCCUGAAACGGGGGGUAAAAGGUUAUCCAGGCGAAGCAGUCUGACUUCGCUCAAGCAGCUGUUCAGUAAGAAGAAGAGGGGCAAAACCAUGGGCGCUAUUUUGGAGUGAUUUGUAGGCUAUGACUGAUGACCCGUUUUUGUGUUUCUUCUUUCUGCAUCAUCCCGUUUUGGUAGGCGGCUUUAUCUUUCAUGGCGCGUUUAUGUGUGUGUGGUUGUAUACCCCUUUGCUUGCUUUCGACUUUUGGCUCGUUUCUCAAUAUCUCCGUAAAAGUUUCUGAAUGUAAUGGCGUGGUGAGAUAAGAUUUGGAAUAAGUGCUCUUUUUGUGUAUGACUGUGGUAGAAGCAAUCACCUUGUGGAAGACCAUGCGUGGGGCAUUUCUUGUACAAGCUGCAGUACAGCAUUGGUGUUGUGCAAAACAUGUUCUGGACGUUUGUGAUCCGCGAAAAGUAGGUGUAGGUGUGUCUUCGAAUCAAACGGCUGC